AUGGAUCAUGCUAACAUUAUCGACACCGACGAAGCCGCAUACGCGAUGGCUGUGGCCUCUCAAGGCAAGGGCAAAGGCAAGGGUAGGAAGAAAUCGAAUGAUACCCGCGCGAGCAGUCCCACAAAGCCGACGAAGACGACCAUAGAACCAACGAAAGCAAAGUCAAAGACCCCAGCAAGUCCGACAUCGCCUACAACUCCCACCUCGACGCAAGCUUCCGCACCCAAGUUCUACGAAGCGAAUGGCUUGAAGAUUCCGCUCUAUAGUCAAAACGGCCUGGGUAACAAGAAGAGGCUCAACGCUCGCUUGUCCAAGACUCUUCUCAAAUACAACACGGACGAGCUACUCGAUAUCGUUGGGCAGUAUGCAGGUGCAGAUAAGAGGCAAGAACUAAAGAAUAAGGGACUAGCAAAGACGAUGCUUGCAAACUGGAUUGAAGAGAAGGAAACACUUGCUCUUGGACGCAAUCCGAAGUCGGAACUGUCUUUUGCAGAUGAUCAAGAAAAAGCCGAGCAGUCCGAUGAUGUCGCUUCCUUAGCACCCACUACCGCAACAUCUUCUAGCCUAAAUACUAGGAAGUAUACCGCUACAACUCCCGCCUCCAACAGCCACGGAGUUUAUCCGCCAACCUCGACCAAAGGCGAUGAUAUAUUCGGCCAGCCCCGUCAGCUGAAGAGAAGCGCACCUGGUAGGUCACGGGACGACCAACCACCCGCGAAGUUACAGAAGCGUGACGUAACAACAAACUUGAGUAUUACAGAUAUUGAGAAUUUGGAUAAGAAACGCUCGAUAGACAAGUCAGUCGACGACGUUAUACCAACGCUUUCGCAAACGAACACGCAAACAGCCGCGUAUAACGACAGAGAUCAUGAUAUAUACCACCAGAACGCUUUCUUCAACGGCACUGACAUGAAUCCGUCUGAUCCCGACCGCUCUUCGAUAAUAGUCCGAGGUGACGAUGAGGAUCGCGUGUUGACUACUACCUCUCAUGAGACGUUUCGCGGGCCCGUGACAUACCUCUUUGAGACAACAAUACCCCACAAUGUUCCCAGCCCCCCUUCAAGAAUCUCUCCACCUCUCAUUCCAUACUUGAAGGAAGGAUUACAUGGUCGUAACGGCGAUUUCCAAGACGACCCCGACCGCCGCACUGGUGUAGGCCAUCAGAUUGAACCAGAAGACCAACUCAAGUGGGACGAAUACAAGAACUUCCACGGCACAAUCUACCAACAGUUUCCACACUACCCAGCCACGGUUACAGCUGAGAUGAAGAAGGCAUGGAACCAAUGGCAUAGAUGGUAUGGUGACUUCACGGAAAAGUAUCCUGGGUAUGCGGUAUCUCACCUUUGGCCUUGUGGGUGCGAGGUGGCCAGAGAUGAGGAUGAGAGUGAGGAGGACUAG